AUCACAAUAUCACUUGUGCGACGAGUCAGUGUUACUUUAUUACGGAGUGACUUUUAUACUGGACGGUUGUUAAUACGCAGUUAGCGGCAUAACCCUUUUUAUAUUUCUAUUCAGAUUUGACAAUGAUUUUAUUAUUAAUUUUCACUACUGUGCUAUUUAUAAUAUUAAUAUCGUGGUUUAAUUUGUUAUGGGAUGCGAAAACGAAUGAUGUUAAGGGUCCUCUACCUUUACCUUUGAUCGGCAAUGGACUCGACUUUGUCGUUAAACCAACAGAGUUUUUGAAUCUACUUCAUCGUCUCCAGCAACGAUACGGAGAAGCUGUUCGUGUUCAUCUAUUUUCAAGUCGAUACAUUGUGUUGUUCCAUCCAAGAUACAUCGAAGGGAUAGUGUCUCACUCUGAAAUAAUAACAAAAGGUCGAUCAUACUCUUUCUUACGGGCUUGGCUUGGCGAUGGACUUCUAACAUCCACAGGUUCAAAAUGGCGUUCCCAUCGCAAGUUCUUGACACCGGCUUUUCAUUUUAAUAUCCUCCAAAACUUCAUUUCCGUGUUUUGGAAAAACGAACAAAUCCUACGAGAUAAUUUAAUGAAAUCCGCUGACGGGGAGACUGAUGUGAACAUAUUCCCGAUGAUCGCUUUAGCAGCUUUGGACAAUGUCACUGAAUCAAUAAUGGGAAUGUCGUUCAAUGCACAAAAAGACAAAGAAUCAAAAUAUGUAAAAGCGAUAUCAGAAAUAAGUUCCGUCGUCGCUCUCAGAAUGCGGAAUCCGUUUAUAGCUGAAGAAACGGUUUUUAAUUUAUCUACCUAUAGGAAAAUACAAGAUAACGCUAUAAAUGUUCUCCAUUCGCACACUAAAAAAGUCAUAGAAAUACGACGAGAGGAACUCAAGAAAGCAAACAUUACAUCUCUGGCAGGCUCGACAGAUAUAGGUAUUAAAAACAAACAUGCGUUCCUCGAUCUCCUAUUACUUUCUGAAAUCGAUGGUAAGAAAAUCAACGAUGAUUUGAUAAGAGAAGAAGUGGAUACAUUCAUGUUUGAGGGCCACGACACGACAACGUCCGCAAUCUCCUUCACACUCUACUGUAUGUCAAAAUACAAAGAUGUACAAGAAAAACUUUUCGACGAACAAAAGUCUAUAUUCUCAGACGAUUUAUACAAAGAUGCCUCAUAUAGUGAAUUGGGUCAGAUGAAAUAUUUAGAGCAGGUUAUCAAAGAGUCUCUCAGACUGUAUCCUUCGGUACCUUUAAUAGAACGAAUGAUAACAAGAGAUGUAGAAGUAGCGGGUUUGAAACUUAAGGCAAAUACAUCAGUUAUUAUAGAUAUAUUCCAUAUGCAAAGAUUGGAAGAGUACUACAAGGAUCCAAUGGAGUUUAAACCAGAAAGGUUUGAGUCAACAGUUGUAAGGAAUCCCUUCAGUUGGAUUCCUUUUAGUGCUGGACCCAGGAACUGUAUUGGUCAGAAGUUCGCCAUUUUAGAAAUGAAAGUGACACUCUCGGGAAUUAUACGGCAUUUUGAGUUAUUUCCUUCUAAACUGGAACCGGAAUUUACAUCCGAUCUCAUACUGCGACCUGAAAAUGGACUUUUCGUCAAACUGAGGCCGCGAAAAAAUCUUUAAUUUGUUUCCAUUUUAAAAUAUGUGACAUGCGGGGGGCGCCGUGUAAUUGCUAAUAACUUAUCAUAGACACCAACUAAAAUUACUAGGUUUUACAUUAGAUUUAACGAAUUUUUGUAGAGAAAGUGAGGUGAAGUGAUAUAUUUUAUAGUUUUAAUGGGAUAAAUGCAUUUUUUUUUUUUGUAUAAAUAUCUAACAUUGACUUUCAUGGUUCUAUUGAGUAAAAUAACUUGACAUGUUUA